AGUGCAAUGUCGUGAAUCCGCCAUUUUGCAUAGCUUCGUUUGCGUUGCUGUAAAGUGCGUCGCAUAUUGUGUUAAAAUUGUAGUUACAGCUUAUCGCAAGCGUGUAUAAAAAUAUAAAUCUGUGAUAACUAGCUGUUAAGUUUAAUAAUAUACGUUAAUUCUUGUUAAUUUAUUUAGUUUCUAAGUGUCUGUGACUCGUGAAAAUGGGCAGGAAGAAGAAGAAGGCAUCUAAACCAUGGUGCUGGUAUUGCAACAGGGAGUUCGACGACGAGAAGAUUUUGAUUCAACAUCAGAAAGCGAAGCAUUUCAAAUGUCACAUUUGUCAUAAGAAAUUAUAUACGGGUCCGGGCUUGUCUAUACACUGCAUGCAGGUCCACAAGGAAGCCAUAGACAAAGUACCAAAUUCGUUACCAAAUAGGUCAAAUAUAGAAAUAGAAAUUUAUGGUAUGGAAGGUAUUCCACCUGAAGAUAUAAGGGAGCAUGAGAAGCAGAAAUCAGGUGGAGGCAAAGGGUCUGACAGUGAAGAUGACGAGCCUGCUGCUAAGAAAAAAGCUACUCCCGCUUUAUUAGGUGCGGGACCUUCUGCCGUGACCCCGGGUAUCCUGCCGACACCGAUGGGACCUGGCAUGCCAGGAAUGUACCCUGGACACAUGCAGAUGAAUCCGAUGAUGCCUCCCUUCAUGCAGGCACAGGCUAGACCCAUGACUAUAUUUGAACAUGACACCCAGAAGUUUUUAAGAAUGAUGAUGCCAGGCAUGCGGCCGCUGUUCCCCGCGGCGAGCGUGGCGGUCUCCACGCCCAGCAAGCCCACUUUCCCCGCUUACAGCAACGCGACGAUAAGCGCGCCGCCGACCACGUCGGCCUCCCACGACCCGAAGGAGAACGGCGACGUGAAGCCCCCCGCCGCCAACGCCUGCCCGCUCGUCACCGCCACCGGCGCCGCCUCCAAGAUCAUCCAUCCGCCCGAGGACGUGUCGCUCGAGGAGAUCCGCGCCAGGCAACCGCGCUACCGGCCCAAGCCCAAGGAGCAGCCCCACCACCAGCCCGCGCCCACCAUGGUCACGCCCAGCACCAGCCAGGCUGAGGUAAGCAUGGUGCAGGCGCACAUGAACGCGGCGGUGGCGGCGGCGGCGCGGCAGCAGGCGGCGGCGGCGGCGCAGGCGCAGCAGGCGCUGCGGCGGCCCAUGAUGCAGCCCGUGCACGUGCUGCAGCAGCCCGUGCGCGUGGGCGUGCCCGUGUCCAUGCCGCCCGUCAUGGGCGUGCUGCCGCUGCCGCAGUUCAACCUGGUGCGCGCGCCGCUGCAGCCCGGGAUGCUGUUGCCCGGCAUGGGCGGCAUGGGCGGCAUGGGAGGCAUGGGAGGCAUGGGUGGCAUGGGCGGCAUGGGCGGCAUGAUGCCCAUGGGCGCCAUGUUCCCGGGCGGCGUGCCGGGGAUGAUGAUGCAGCACCGCUUCCGAUAGCGGCGCCCCGAUCGACUCGCUGGCUGAACAUAAGGCUGGGUCGGCCCGCGCCGACAGCAAGCGCAGGUAGGCGCUCGAUAGUACUUAUUAUACGUCCGCUUGACGAUUGUGU